AGCUCUCUCUCUCUCUCUCAGUUCCCCCUCCUCCCCAGCCCUCCCUUCCCACGCCCCAGUGCGCUGUGGGAUAGUGGCACUAUAAAGUAUAUCCUCUCUCGGAGAAAGAUAAGAAGCCCGAGACAGGAGGGGGAUGAAGAUGGCGGACGCCAAGCAGAAGAGGAAUGAGCAGUUAAAGCGAUGGCUGGGCUCGGAAACGGACCUGGAGCCUCCUAUUCUGAAGAAGAAGAAGACGAAGGUGAAGUUCGAUGAUGGCGCCGUGUUUCUGGCCGCCUGCUCCAGCGGGGACACCGAGGAGGUGCUGCGAAUGCUGGACCGGGGCGCUGACAUCAACUACGCCAAUGUGGACGGACUCACCGCCCUCCACCAGGCAUGCAUAGAUGACAACGUCGACAUGGUGACUUUCCUCGUGGAGCAUGGAGCCAGCAUCAACCAGCCCGAUAAUGAGGGCUGGAUCCCCCUCCACGCUGCAGCCUCCUGCGGAUACCUAGACAUAGCAGAGUAUCUCAUCAGCCAGGGUGCCAGUGUAGGAGUCGUUAACAGUGAAGGUGAGACUCCCCUGGACAUCGCCGAAGAGGAGGCGAUGGAGGAGCUCCUACAGAAUGAGAUCAACAGACAAGGGGUGGAUAUCGAAGCAGCCCGGAAAGAGGAGGAGCGGAUCAUGCUGAGGGACGCCCGGCAGUGGGUCAACAUUGGCCAGAUCCAGGACGUCCGGCACGCUAAGUCUGGAGGAACGUCGCUCCACGUGGCUGCUGCAAAGGGAUACGUUGAGGUUUUAAAGCUUUUAAUCCAAGCAGGGUAUGAUGUAAAUAUUAAGGACUACGAUGGCUGGACUCCUCUACAUGCGGCUGCACACUGGGGCAAAGAGGAGGCCUGUAAGAUACUGGUGGAGCACCUGUGUGACAUGGACCUCAUUAAUAAAAUGGGCCAGACGGCUUUAGAUGUAGCAGACGAGGACGUUAUGGGAUACUUAGAGGAACUACAGAAGAAACAGAAUCUGCUGAUGGGUGACAAGAAAGAUGUUAAGAAAUCUCCUAUAAUCGAAACAACGACCACAGGGGACAACAACCAAUCACUGAAACCACUCAAGAGCAAAGAAACGCUGCUUCUAGAGCCAGAGAAGAUCGCCCCACGCAUCGAGACCUUGGAGCCGGAGAAGGUGGAUGAAGAAGAGGAGGGGAAGAAGGACGAGUCGAGCUGCUCCAGCGAGGAAGAGGAGGACGAAGACUCCGAAUCAGAGACUGAAGCAGACAAAACCAAGCCUGCAGCAUCCGUGAGCAACAGCACGACGCCUACUCCGGCCACCAUCACCGUGACCUCUCCAGCAAGUCCAACUAACCAGGUAACUCAGCCCGCUACGAAGGUCUCGGCUAAGCCUGUGGACGACGACAGGAAGGACGAGUCCCCGGCGUCGUGGCGGCUGGGUCUGAGGAAGACGGGCAGCUACGGAGCGUUAGCGGAGAUCACGGCCACCAAGGAGGCGCAGAGGGAGAAGGACACGACCGGGGUGAUGCGCUCCGCCUCCAGCCCUCGCCUCUCCUCCUCGCUGGACAACAAAGAGAAAGAGAAGGAGAAGGACAAAGGAACCCGGCUCGCCUAUGUGGCCCCGACCAUCCCCAGGAGACUGGCCAGUACUUCAGACAUCGACGAGAAGGAGAACAGGGACUCGACUUCUCUGAUACGUAGCGGCUCGUACACCCGGCGACGCUGGGACGACGACCUGAAGAACAGCGAAGGAAGCACCACCACCAACCGAACCCCCAGCUACCAGCGCAGCACGUCCCACACGCUAGCACUAGGGCGGAGCGGCAGCACGCGGGACGUGCCGGCCAAGUCUUCGUCCACCUCCAGCUUGGACCCUAACACCUGUAAUACUAAACCCUGGCAGCCACCCUCCUCCCACUACCAGUCUUACAGCAUUUACCGCAGCGGCUCUUUCGGCAGACGACACGAGGAUCUGAGUUCCUCGACCACCUCCUCCUCCUCCACGACCACCACCACCUCCUCAUCUGUUACCUCGCCCACAGGCCACCGCGGCCUGCUCUCCAGCCUGGGCUCCGGCUCCACCCGCACUGGCUCCACCAGUCUCACCAGCAGGUACUGGUCAGAGGAGAGUGCAGAGAGGGAAAAGGACAAGGAGAAGGAGUCUGCUGCGGUCAUCCCCACUAUGAACACUGGCUCAACUACGACCACAACAUCCACCACUACCACUGCCAUAUCUACCACUACUGGCACUGGCACCGGCCCAGAGAGACGCAGGUCCUACCUGACGCCGGUGCGAGACGAGGAGUCAGAGUCUCAGAGGAAAGCUCGCUCUAGACAGGCUCGACAGUCGAGGAGGUCCACCCAGGGUGUGACUCUCACUGACCUGCAAGAGGCCGAGAAAAUCGGCAAGGGUCGUCCCCCAAAGACCCGAGAGGAGGAGAAGGAGGAGAAAGAGAAGCAGGACAAGGAGAAGCAGGAGGAGAGGAAGGAGACGGAGACGAAGGAGGACGAUUACCGAUCAAAGUACCGCAGCUAUGAAGAGCGCUACCGGCCUUCGUCCUCUUCCUCCACCUCCGCCAUAUCCACGGUCAGCACUGCCUCCACCCCAUCCUACUCUAGUACAGCACUGUCCUCCAGCUCAAGCUCCCUCAACAGGCCCAACAGUCUGACGGGGAUCACCUCCUCCUACAGCCGCUCAUCCAGAGACACAGAAAAAGAAUUGGACAAGAAGGAGGAGGAGAAGGAGGGAGAGGACAAGUCUCAGCCUCGCUCCAUACGGGAUCGCAGGCGGCCCCGCGAGAAGAGACGCUCCACUGGAGUCUCCUUCUGGACUCAAGAUGGUGAUGAAAAUGACCCCGACCAGCAGUCCGACUCAGAGGAGGGCAGCAUCAAGGGAGAUACACAGAGUGACAGAUUGUCCAGCACUUCAUCCAUAGAUCGCAACGACAACUAUUCUGGUCGUGGCUACGGUGAGAGUCGAAGGACUUACUCAAGCCGACUGGAUCGAGACGACACCACUGACUACAAGAAGCUCUACGAGCAGAUCUUAGCUGAGAACGAGAAGUUGAAGGCCCAGUUACGUGACACAGACCUGGAGCUGACAGACUUGAAGCUACAACUAGAGAAGGCUACUCAGAGGCAGGAACGCUAUGCUGACCGAUCACAGCUUGAGAUGGAGAAAAGGGAAAGAAGAGCUCUAGAAAGGAAGAUUUCUGAGAUGGAGGAGGAACUUAAGAUGCUCCCAGACUUGAAAGCCGACAACCAGAGACUAAAGGACGAGAACGGAGCGCUCAUUCGAGUCAUUAGCAAGCUUUCCAAGUAGAACACCCCCCCCCCCCCACCCUCCUUUUACACCCCUCCCCCCGUCUUCUGCACCCCCUCCCCCCUUUUAGCCUCCCCAUGGCAGUGACUAAUGGAAUUGCACAUUUAGAUAUUAAUUGCAACAGACAUCAGAGACAAGACUCCUUUUUAUUCUUUCUCUCCUGCAAACUUUUGCUCCCUUUUUUUUGCUCCUCCUCCUCCUCCGCCGCCGCUGCAGCAGCAUCCCUCCAUCCAUUCAUCCAUCCAUCAUCACCACCACCACCAUCAUCUAUACUCCACUCGAUCGAGUCCCGGUUAGAUCCACUGAGUUUACAGAGCGGAAAAAAGGAGAGCGGGGUCGUGUGAUGAGCAUGUAAAAGCAUCGUCUGGGCGGGGAAAAGCCUGAGAACUAUUUAACCAAUAAGCCUUAGUUGUACAUAAAGAGAAAAAACACUCUGCAUCGAUCUCUUCUCUUCUCUCUCGGCUAUCACUGAACGACCGAUAUUACCCCACACCUGAUUUUAUUUGUGCCACAGUCCCCCUUUUUCCCCCUUCUUUGUGUGCUGUGCUGUUUCCUCCCUCCUUAAAGUGCCACUUCUCCUUUUUUUGCCCCUCCUCAUCGUGGCUCCUUUUAACUUCAUUUUCCCCACACACACACACACACACACACACACACACAUCCUCCUCCAUUUUUUUGUACCUCUGUGUGUCUUCCUCCAAGAGGGAAAAAAUUUUGAAUUCUCGCUUUAGCGAAAAAAGAGGCGGACCUGGUGGAAUUUAAGCUUUCACUGUAUGUGCAAUAUGCAUUUUCUUUUUCUUUUUAAUGCUUUAAUGACGAGUCCAUCACACCUAGGAUUUUCACUCUUCCACCGCUUCAUCGCUCACCCUCCUCCUCCUCUUUUUUUUUUGUUUUAAGUUUGUAGUGUAGUCAGUUUAUACUCUGUAUUUCUCACUUUGUUUUAGCAGGUACUGAGUGACGCUGUAUAUACCUGUAUGUAUUUGUUUGAGAGCAGCACAUGGCAUGCGUUUAUGGUUCCCGUCUGUUACUAUUAAAAGUAUACAAAUUCCAGAGGACAAACAGGUGUGUUUUUAAUUCUUACUCUAGUUAUAAAAACAUUGGAUACAGUAGAAGACGGCAGUGUUCAGUGCUUUUCUUUUUUUUCCAGUUGAAAUACGUGUUCACAUAAUGUGAGAUGAAAAAGAAAUAAUCGCUUCACUACAUUUCACUUUCAUUGUAUCCAGUAUCUUGGAAGAGUGCUCUUUUAUUUUCGUUUUUUUUUUUAAAGCUGUAGUAUUCUAGCCGAGGUGUUGUCACUAAAAUAAAAAAAAGAAUAUCUUAGGUAUCGCUAACCCAGUCCUUUUUACAAUGUCUACAUGCACUGUCGACGCCAUGUGAGGAGUCUUGAUGUCAGGUUACAACGCAAAAAUCGCCACCGUUAAAUAUUUCACGCAUCUGAAAACAUUUUAUGCAUUUCAGUGGCCUUUUAAGGAUAUUUUAGUGGAAGAAGUUUAAAGAGAAAGUCACUGCAGAUGGACUGACGACCAUCUUCUCUGGUUUAGACUUUUUUUGUUUUUGUUUUUUUUUUGUUUUUUUUUCCCGUCAUCUUGUAAAAUAGGUGUGUGGCUUAAUACAUGCAAGCUGUGCUGUGACUACCAACCACUGAAGAGUUCAUUAAAAAUAAACUUGUACAUUGUAAAGUU